AUGAACGUGGCGACUCCCAUAAUCCGCUGCUGGCGACCAGGCCCUGCUUUGUUGCCGGCUACUUUACAGCCCCGGCUCUUGAGCUCCUCGCUUGUAGGGAGAGCCUGUUAUUCGGAUCGAAGCAAAUUGCCUCUGCCGCGCCAGAAGACCGUUUACUACACCACCAAAGCAGAGAACGCAGCUUCUGCGACAUCCCCAUCACGGUCGAUUUGGCGUCUCGCCUUCUGGAAAUGCCGGCACACCUGGAGGCGAGCGGGAGUCAACACGCUGCGCUGCCUGGUAGGCUGUACGGUUGGUGACUUCUCUGCACUAUGGAUGCUCCAAACCUAUUACCCAGAACUCGGGAUGACCACAAUCAUGGGUGCAUCUAUGGUGUCUGGCAUCACGACUUCAAUCAUCCUUGAAAGUGUUCUACUGCGACGCGGCGCAGACCAACUCUCCUGGCCUAUGGCGGUCCGCACUGCGAUGGGCAUGAGCAUGAUAUCGAUGAUGGCGAUGGAGGCGGCAGAGAACAUUGUUGACUACCAUCUUACGGGCGGCGUAGUGGCCUUGGGCGAUCCGAAUUUCUGGAUGGCAGCGGUCUUGUCUAUUGCUGCUGGAUAUCUUGUUCCGCUGCCAUACAAUUACCUGCGCUUAAAGAAGUACGGGAAAGCGUGUCACUGA